ACAUCAGCAAGAGAGGUCCUGCAUGACCGAGGAACUUCAGAUUGAAGUAUUUUCAGUUACUGGUGUGACGGCCUCUACAGAAGCAUCUUUUUGCUGUUAAGGAGCAGCCAUGGAAGCUCUUCGUAGCUCGGAGGAGAUGCUGAGCAAAGCAACUCAGCUGUGGACGAUGCUGGAUGACAUGGCGGAGAACAACCCUGGAAGUUACCGCCAGUUCAUGCAGCAGCAAUUAAAGGAAGCAAAGCAGCAUUAUGCUCCCCCAGAGCCAUGGCUGUGCCUGAAGACCUGCAUCUCGGAACCCACCAAAACCUGCCUAUUCAUAAAUCUGUGCAGUUGGAAUAGGAUCCCUGCUCCCAAGUCACCCUUAGAGCCAAUUCUGUUGAGUGCUGGCAAAAUGGAGACGCUAUCAGAUAAUUCAGAGAUCUACAGCAUCCUUGACAUCGCAUACAAUCCAUCCGUUCUUGAGCGAGUCAAGGAUAACCCACCAGAGAAGGAUCAGUUGAUCCACAUAUCACUCAAGUACAUUGAGGAGCAUUUCAACGUCACUUUGUCUCAUUCCUGGAGCGUGGCAAAAUUUAAAUUGAAAGGAAGCCUUGAAAGGAUGAGGGAGAGCCUGAGAAAAGAACAGCCCCCCUUGGCUGUGUCCCAGAGCAACUCCAACAAAGAAGUGACACCUAACCAACUGCGAAGUCUCAUGACCGAAGACAGCAGUGGCCUUAUUCUGCCGCCAGAGAACCCCACAGCUUCCAAAAAGCAUCUAAUUGAAGAGAUUUCCACUACAGACAAGCCAGAGGUGCACAAACCUGCCUACGAAAUGACCACCAAGAAGGAUGCAGAUGAGGAACCCCUAGAAAUUGAGCUGAGAAUUGAACUGCCAGAUGUUUGCGGUGUGUCUGAGUGUAAUUUGAAUGUCUCUAAGGUGAGGCAGCUACAAAUUGCAUAUUAUUUCCACCCCUCCAGUUUUGCCAGCCAGCCCCAUUUGAAUCUCAGAUGUCUCCCUGCAUCGUCUUUUCAGGAUGAUGUCUUGGUCGAGUGCCUUGAAAAAUACAGGCUGCAGGUGGAUCUUCCAGUGUCUGUGGAUGAAGAAGCAACAUCAGCAACGUUUUAUAAGAAGAAAGGAAUAUUGCUCGUCAGAAUGCCUGUGUACAAGGGGAAAUGACAUUAUCUGAUACGGUCUGGGAAUACACCCUCUCCCCUUCUCUUGAUAAACUUCAUCUCCUUGUCCAGCACUUCCUAUUCAGCAUUUUACACAGGUUAAUAUUAAGUGUAUUGGUUACAUGCCUCUACUAUAUUGUAUUCCUGAGUUUUAAGGCUAAAAUUCUUGCUGCCUUUGAGGAAUGUAAAAACCCAGGAUAAAAUGCACCCCUAAAUACACGUUUUAACAUUUACUUUGAGGGCUGUUUUGAAGGCAUAGUUUCUGCUGCAGUUUAACUGUAAAAGAUUAACAAAUAAAUGAACUCUGUAUCUUAUUUCCCCCCAUUAACCAAAACAA